AAACAUCUCCCUCGACCAAAAUGGCUGGUUUUAAAAAACAUCAUAACUACAAUCAAGGAUUCAUUGAUCAUUCCGGAGAUGGGUGCUCAGUUUUCGAAGCAGGUCGAACGGCGGAAGACUCUCCGAAUAGAGAAGAACGUUCUGGCGGAGCUUAAGGUCACCGCCGGCGAGGAUUUCCCCGGCUCCGAUUACCGGCCACCGGAUAGAAAAAACUGGAUGGCAAAUCUCGGUUCUGAACGGACGCGUAUUCACCAAAUCAUAUGGCCAGGAACUCACGAUUCCGCCACCAACGAUAUCGGAAUUCCCUUCAUCACGCGACCUUUUGCGCAGUGUCAAUCACUCUCCAUUUACCAACAGCUCGUGUUAGGCACGCGCUUAUUGGAUAUCCGGAUUCAAGAAAAUCGCUUAGUCUGCCAUGGAGUCCUCUCGACGUAUAGCGUCGACGUUGUUUUUUCCGACAUAAAGAAAUUCCUCGCCGAAACGCAAUCGGAGAUUCUGAUUCUCGAGAUCCGAACCGAAUUCGGACAUAAUGAUCCACCCGAUUUUGAGAACUAUGUCGUGGAACAACUCGGCGAGUUUUUGAUUCAUAACGACGAUCGGGUGUUUGAGAAGACGAUUGCCGAUUUGUUGCCGAGAAGGGUGAUUUGUAUUUGGAAGCCGAGGAAAUCGCCGCCGCCGAAGGGCGGAGAUCCGCUUUGGGGAGGUGGGUAUUUGAGGGAUAAUUGGAUCGAUACAGAUUUGCCGUCGACGAAAUUUGAUAGCAAUAUAAAGCACUUGUCGGAGCAGCCGCCGGUGACGAAGAGGAAGUACUUUUACAGAGUGGAGAACACGGUGACGCCGAAAGCCGACAACCCAGUUUUGUGUGUGAAACCGGUGACCAAAAGGAUCCAUAAAUUUGCUCGGUUGUUCAUUAAUCAAAGCUUUGCUAAGGGCGUUGCUGAUAAGUUGCAGGUUUUGUCCACUGAUUUCAUUGAUGGGGAUUUUGUGGAUGCUUGUGUUGGGCUCACAAGUGCAAGAAUUGAUGGGAGGGCUUGAGAAUUCGGGGUCGAGGUUCUUCCGUUGAGGGUCGUGUUGCUCUCGUGCUGCUCGUGUUACUCGUUUGAACUAUGUUUAGAUCGACGUUUGUUUGAAGAUUCGAUCAUCUGGGUUUGUGUGUUUUUGUGUCGUAGGGUGGGUGAGGAAGCUUAUUUUUUUGUAUAAUGAUCUGUAAUUAAGUUGGAUUAAGUGUACGAUGAUCGAGAAACGUUCUGGUCUGUUUGUUGAGAGCAUACAUUUUGUUGGAUAUUACUUUAUCUCAUGCACCCUGAUAUAUAUAUCCUUUUAUUAU